GCAGUACAGCUCCCAGCAGGCAUUUCCAAUCUGGACACCAGCCUGGCCCACGUGGACGGAGAUGCAUUCACGCUGCAGAGAUUUAAAAAAAAAGUGGCAGUGCGGCGGUAAUGAGCGACCUGUCAGUCAAUGCGGUGGGCGGAGCUUCGGCUUGUCGUACGUGUGCUUCUCUGCGGCGAGCUAAACGCUACAGCAGAGUUUGUGACGAAAUCAUGGUGUUACUCGAAAACGAUGCGUUCCUCACAGAGCUCACUCGACUCUUCCAGAAGUGCAGAACGUCGGGCAGUGUUGUCGUCACACUAAAGAAGUAUGAUGGUAGAACUAAACCAGUACCCAGAAAGGGCCACUCGGAGUCCUUUGAACCUGCUGAUAACAAAUGUCUCGUCAGAGCUUCUGAUGGCAAGAAGAAAAUUAGCACAGUGGUCAGCACCAAAGAAGUAAUCAAGUUUCAAAUGGCGUAUUCCAACCUCCUUAGAGCUCACAUUGAUGGCCUAAAGAAAAAAGAUAAGAAGAGCAAAAGCAAGAAGACCAAAGCCACACAAUGAGCUAUAGACUCUCUCUGAUAACCAUGGAAGCUGCCCGGUACAAUCUGAGGGGACGGAGGGGGGCUACCUUCUGACCUGCAGCUCUCCCCUCGUUCAUCUGCAGCCUCAGAGUCAUCCACCUGGUCACCGUGUUGAUGUUUCAUCCCUGGCUGCUCAGUGCCAUCAGGUGAUUAGGAGCUGAAAACCUGAAGGUUUAUUUUAUUGUUUUUUCUUUUUGUACAGUAACGAAUCAAACUGACUUCAUCGAAUCUCCAGCAUUUUAUGUUCAGAGAGGCUGAGCUGUGUGUGGAGCCGAGUCAGAGUCCAGAACCUUUAAUUCUGUUUUAGUCCGUUUGUGUUGUCACGUUGGCUUCUUUAAAAAGAUUGGGUUUUUUUUUUUGUUUAAAAUCAAUGUUUGACUUUAAAUAAUAUAAAAGAUAUUUUUUGUUCUUUAACAAGUUUGCCUCCUUUUUUUUAUGCCCAGACUAAGAAGUCUUAAACACCAACCAAAGUUAAAAAAAAGGUGAUUAUUCUAAUGCAGAAAUGUUAAGAGGUUGGAGAUAACUCUUAAAGAAAUGUCUGAAUGCAGAGACUAAGUUUUCUGUAAUAAAAAAAAGUCAUUUUUGUUCCUUAAAAAAAUUACUUGAUGUAAACCCWGCCAGUGUUUGUAAGGUUUCUUUGUGCUCCUCAGUCCUGGCAUCGUUUUAGAGGACUGCAGCGGGAUUUAGGUUGAGAAAUAAAGUGCUUUGUUAAAACUCA